AUGGGUUCUCUCAAUAACUAUGGGGGUACCCAGGAGUCAAUCAUCAGUCGCGAAUCCAAGCCACACACUCUCUACGGCAAUAUUGGACAUAUCAAUGGAUCUGAUGCUGCGAGUUAUAUAUUCCCUGAAUCUCACACAGGAAUUGUAACGCUGAGUAAUGCAUCUGAUGGACAUAAUGCUGCCGAAGCGGUGGCAAGGAUAUUGAUUCAGGCUAUAUUUGACCUAAAACCACACGUCGAUGUUCCGUCUCAACUUCAGGAGGCAGGUAGGCGUCGUUUUCAAACACGUGCCAACAAAGUCUUGGAGUGGGAGAGUCACCGGGAUGUCACCGCGUACACCAGCCAUCCUGAAGAUUUUCUAGGCACUUACAUUGGCCUAAAUACAUCGCGAGUUAAUAUCAUCAAAAGUGAUACUGCAACCGCUCACGUCUCAGUACAAUUUGCUGAUGAAUCUAGAACUGGUAUAUGUGACUUGGAGCCGUACAAAGCCGACUCUUUGAGCUUCUUGCCAACUGACAAUGACACUUUUCUUUCCCGCGGAAUGCUUGACUGGGAUUACUAUACAGUUGGGGUUUUCGAGUUUUUGAGGGACUCCGACGAACAGGUAGUUGGAUUUUGGUGGCAGUGGGAACAAACUGAUUGGCCAGGACUAUGGGUGAAGCAAAAGGAUGGAAUGACAGAACAGGAUACUCAAGAGAUCAUAUCAAAAUUUGGCAGAUUUCGCAAAGCUGAGAAUCAGAAGACCAGCGCCUACGUUUAUGGGGAAUUUUAUCGAUGUUAUAACUUGCAUCUACUAGUACAAGUUUGCAGCAUUUAA